CUUCCCAGAUCUCCCUUCUCCCUCCUUCUAUGGGGUGAGGGUCCAGGGGCCUGCCCAGCACCAGCCUGUGCUCAUGGGAAUUUCUGCUCUCUGAGGUCUUCUCGCUCCUUUUCCCAUCUGGGUGUUGGAGGCGGAGCCACCAGCUGGGUUCGGAGCCCCACCCCCAGCUCCCAUCCAAUCACCGUCCCUCCCCCCGGGGGUUGGGCGGAUGGGCUGCACUCCAAGCAGCUAGCUCCCGCACUAGGCUCUCAGCCAGGGAUGAUGUGCUGCUGCCGCCGCCGCUGCUGCUGCCGGCAACCACCCCAUGCCCUGAGGCCGUUGCUGUUGCUGCCCCUCGGUGAGUGCGGGCGUCCGGGGCCCGGGCCACACCCCCUUCUCGCCCAGCCAGGCCAGGCUGGGCAUAGGGUGUGUGGGAACGCUGGGUGCCAGGGUGGAGAAGAGUUGUAAGGGCUCCAGGAAGGUGUGCUGAUGACUUCAGGACAGAAAGUAAGAGGCACAAACAGCCCCAGUAAUGGGGGAAGGACUCCAAAUUUUGCAUCCCCUCUUAUGAUAAAGGGAGACAUGCCAAUGGCAGGACUUAUAGACCAGCCGUAGGAUCCCUAAGUCCUCUCUGAGGGUCUGGCCUGGAUCCCAAUACCUCUGCAUCCUGCCUUGUCUCUCCAAAAAUAUCUAUCUUUAGAGACAGUUCGGAGGGCCAAGCAAAGCUUGUCUAAACCGCAGAGAGAUGCACCUGUUCCUGGUCCGGGGCUUCUGGACCUCCCUCCCCUCCACCUUGUCCUGACUCCUUUACAUGGACCCUUCUCACUCCACCUGCAGCCCCAGAAGCUCAGAGGAAGAGCUGACUUGGGGGACACAACACCCCCUCCCCCUGUACAAAUCCCAGUCUGAGUCCUACCUUGAAGGGGGCCUGGUCCUUUUACCUCCCCUGGCAACAGCUGCAGCGGGCCCAAACCGAUGUGACACCAUAUACCAGGGCUUCGCCGAAUGUCUCAUCCGCUUGGGGGACGGCAUGGGCCACGGAGGCGAGCUGGAGACCAUCUGCAGGUACCAGUCUUGGAAUGACUUCCAUGCCUGUGCCUCUCAGGUCCUGUCGGGCUGUCCGGAGGAGGCAGCUGCAGUGUGGGAAUCACUACAGCAAGAAGCCCGCCAGGCCCCCCAUCCGAAUAACUUGCACACUCUGUGUGGUGCCCCGGUGCAUGUUCGGGAGCGCGGCACAGGCUCCGGAACCAACCAGGAGACGCUGCGGGCUACAGCGCCUGCACUCCCCAUGGGCCCCGCACCCCCACUGCUGGCGGCUGCUCUGGCUCUGGCCUACCUCCUGAGGCCUCUGGCCUAGCCUGUUGAGUCGGGUAGCAGCGCCCGUACCUCCAACCCUGCUCUGGCGGUGGUUGUCCAGGCUCUGCAGAGCGUAGCAGGGCUUUUCAUUAAAGGUAUUUAUAUUUGUACUAAG